CACACACCCCACGAGUUGUUUCCUUACGUCCAUGGUGACGAAGCCAAACCUGAGCUCAUCGGCGCUCUUUUCAAACUUAAAUGGUCACCAAACUUUAAAAAAUAACGCUGAAUCUACUAUAUGUUGUGGCAAUGGUUCUGUAGUUCUGAAUGCGGCCAAAACAGACACUUACGCGGGUCCAAAUGGUCGUUGGGGACGUUAGCUCUCAGACAAAACUGCUCCCUUCCGUCUGAGGUGAGUAGAAGACAAUGUUGACAUUUUACUCUUGAAACCUCAGACUUACUGACAUCUGAAACAUCUCUAAAAUGUCCAUCUUUUUAUUAGCAGCAGGUUAAUAAAGAGUGAAAUAUUUUGUUAACUCGCUACUUCGUUCUGUAGCUGUGGGCUAACUAGCCUCCGGAUGCUAGUGGAGUUAGCGAACAGUAAAAGCUUAGCUGUAGUGUAUUUGAUCAUCCAUCCAUCCAUCCAUUUUCCACCGCAUGUCCAUUUUGGGGUAAUUAAAGUCAUGGAAAGCAGCGCCGAGAGGAAGUUUGUCAACCUGAGAAAGCGUCUGGACCAGCUGGGUUACAAACAUCCUCUUGGAAUAGAAUCACUGCCACUAGUUGAGAAACUAUUCAGUGAUCUUGUCCGCACUACAGAAAGCCUGCGCAAUGCAAAACUGUCAAAAGGGAAGAACGAGAAAGAAUGCCUCAACUGUGAUGUUCUUCUGGAGCCAUACAGGGCAGAUAAUGCCCGACUGGUCAAGGAGAACAAUGAAGUCCACCAGGAGCUUCUGAAGGUGAAGGAGGAGAAGGACCAUGCCACCAAAGAGAUGAAAACCCGCAUCAGAAAACUGGAACACCAGACGUGUGACCUGACGUUCCUUAACAACCAAUAUGUGCACAAGCUCCGCUGCCUGGAGAAGGACGGCAAAACCAAAGCUGAGCGUAUCCUGCAGCUCCAGGAAAAGAACUUGCAAGCAGUGGUGCAGACUCCAGGUGGAAGAAAGCGCAGUAUACCUUUCAGGCGUCAGAGGAUGCAAACUGAUGAGCUCAUCCCUCCACCCACGACUUCAGCUUACCCCGUAUCCCAGCCAGACGACCCGUACAUAGCGGAUCUGCUGCAGUUGGCCGAUAAAAGGAUUCUUGAUCUGGAGGAAGAAGUCACAAAAAUCCAGUAUGCGCUGGAAGAGUCCUAUGAAUGUAUACAACUGUUAAAUACUCAAGUGUCCGAGAGGGACAGAGAGAUAGAGCGUCUGAAUCGUUUACUUCACGGAGGGCGACCACGUGAUGUCAUCUCUUUGGAGGCUCAGAACAUCAGCAAUGAGAAACGGAUUGCCCAACUUAACCUUCAAAUCGAUUUCCUGCUAGACAGCAAUAAUACGCUGCAGCAGAAAGUGGAGGGACUUCAGCAGAAGUCCUCAACCAAAGUGACCGAUCUCUCCAUUAAGAACUUUGAACUGUGUCAGGAGCUGACACACAUCGACGAGCUGGCCAAGCGGAUGGAGAUGGAUAAGAAGCGGGCCUUGGAAAUGGCUGAUCAGGAGUUGCUCGAUACUAAAGAAGUAAUUAAUCAUCAACAGGAAGUCAUUGAAAAUUUAGAAGACAACCUUAAAAAGAUAAGAACGGAACUUUCCAAGAGAGGGUUUGAAACAGGUUCACUUGCUGACCAGCUGGUGGAGCUCAGAGGGCAGAAUGAGAAACUGGAGGCAAAGGUAGACUUCAUAGAGACAGAGAAAGUCAGGCUGCAAGACAAAGUGGAGAAGAUGAUGGCCGCUGAAAGAGACAUAGUGCUGGAAUUGGAGGCAAUGAGAGCAAAACACGGCAUUUGCGGAAGGGAUCGCUCUCCUUCACGCUUGGACGCCUUUGUGAAGAGUCUAGAGGAGGAGAGGGAUCGCUAUCGCCAGGAGGCCGAACACUGCAGGAGAUUCCGAGGAGGUGGCAGCCCCAGUUGUGGCAGUCCAGACAGGAGCAGAAGUCCACGGCGCAAGGGAGGCGUUGAGGAAUCUGAGUUUCUCGCUUUGGUGAAGGAAAGAGAUGAGCUGAAGGCGGCUCUGGUGGACGUGGAGAAGCACACGGAAGACAUCCAGACGAAAGUAAAAGCUCUCAGCGCUGAAAGAAACCACUUCAAAAUGAUGUUUUAUCAGACACAAGAGAAGCUGGAGGAUGCCCGUGUAAGCUCAAGCACGUCUGAUGACGUCUUGAAUUUGAGAGAGGAGCUGAAACUGGCAGAGAAUAAAAUCAUGCAGGUUAAUGCCGAAAGAGAUUUACUGAUGGAGGAAUUUAGGGUUGGACCGGCUUCCGCUCUUCCAGAAGGACGUGCCCUAGAAAAGAGGAUUCUUGACUUGCAGGAUGUCGUUCACAGUCUCGAGCAAGAGAACCUGGAACUGCGGUCACAGCUUUUUACACUGAAAGACAGUAAGCGGGAUGUUGAGCAGCAGUUGGAUGUUCAGUCUGCUGCCUUGCGUCAGAAUGUGGAGGAGUCGGCCCAUCAGAGGAAAACCGCUUCCAAUCUCAGGCUGCAAAUGGAGCAGACACAACAAUUACUUUCCGACAUCCAACAAACGCUGUCUGUUAAGACUAGUGAGCUGCGGGCUGCUCAUGAGGAAAUGGAAACACUUGAAGAAACAAUCGGGGCGCUGACUCAUCAGGUGUCUAAGUACAAGCAGGAAGCAGAGCUUCUUCAGAGGUCUUGCUCAGCACUGGACAAGGAGAAAGAUGCUCUGCUGGAUGAGGUGGAUCAGAAGACAGAGAAGCUGGUUGUUCUUCAGGAGGAGCUUGCAAAGAAGGAAAGAACCCUUGAAGAUGUGAGGCACACAGUCACCGUAACAGACAAAUCAUUAGCUCAGCUGCAGGGAGCGCUAAUCAGCCGUGAGAGGGAGAUCGGCAGCCUGAGGAAACAGUUGGAUGACGCUCAAGUAGAUGUGACGGCACUCCGUGACAGCAAAGAGGCCUUAGUCAGAGAAAAGAAGAGGCUUCAAGAUGACCUGUCAACCAUGACAAGAGAGAACCAGGCGGUCCACGUGGAGAUGGAUGAGGCUUUACACGAGCGGGAUGAGUUGAAGAUAAAAGUCCACUCUUACAUCGUUGCAGUGUCCAGGAUUGAAAACAUCUUGAAGGCAAAGGAGCAGGAGAACCUAGAACUGCAGGAGCGCUUCCACACGGCCCACACUGACAAGGAGGAACAGGAGCUGAGGCUGCAGCAGAUUGAGGACAUCAAGAACUGCAUUCGCUUGGAGCUUCUUUCUUCCGAGACAGAACGCAGGCACCUCCGCGAAAGCGUUAGCCACAAGGAGCUGGAGAUCCAACAGCAUGUAAAAGCCCUGCAGGCGUACGAGGCACAGGUUUCCACACUCGCUCGAGCAAUGUCCCGCCUUGAGGAGGAGCUGCGCAAAACUCGGGAGGAGAAAGCGGGUCUCGUCGCUGACCUGGCCUCGGUCAGGGAGCUGUGUGCCAAACUGGACUCGGGCAAGGACCUUACCGCACGCCAGAUCGUGUCCAAGAGCAUGGAACUGGAGAGGGUGGAAGGAGAACUGGAAGAUGUUCAGUCGGAGGCGGAGUUGCUGAAGAAGCAGCUGGCGAGCGAGAGGCAGACCGUCCGCACCCUGAAUUCGCUGCUCUCCACCACUCGCCAAAAGGAGUUGCAAACCAGCCUGACGGCCAGCGAGAAAGAGUCUGAGCGGAAAGUCCUGCGCGACCGGCUCACUCUGGCCGACAAAAAGAACGCCGAGCACGCUAAGGAGGUGUCCAACCUGCAAGGGAAAGUCUCUCAACUUCAGACGGAGAUGGACGUCCUCAACAGACAGCUGAUCUCAGAGCGCUAUGAGCGAACCAGGGCCAUUCAGGAGAUGCGCCGACAAGGCGUGUCUUUCUCUCCCUUGCAGAGCCCGUCGUCUCACAAUGUCUCCACCAGUUCCCAGCACACGCUCCUGAACAGCUCCAGUGACAAGUCUGCCAAUUAGAUGGGAUCAUGUUGAUGUACAUUGCUUUAUGUUUUCUGUUCAUGUCGAAUCGCACCAUGAACCGUGCCAUGUUGGAGCUUGUAUUUAUUGAGCUAUUAGAACAAUGCUGUAUAUUAUAGUUUACAUCUUAGACUCAUUUUGGGUUGUUUCAUUACAACAUUGAUGAUUUUAUUUAUAUGGAAGUAUAUUUUUCUUUUAUUGAAUAAAUAUCAGCCUGUUUGUCACAUAAUUAUCAGCCAAAGUAGUGAAGUGAAUUAUAUUUACAUAGCGCUUUUUCUCUAGUUACUCAAAGUGCUUUACAUAGUGAAACCCAAUAUUUAAGUAACAUUUAAACCAGUGUGGGUGCCACUGGUGGGUAAAGUGUCUUGCCCACAGACACUACGGCAGUGACAAGGAUGGCGGAAGCGACGAGGAUGGCGGAAGCGGGGAUCGAACCGGACCCCUCUAGUUGCUGGCACGGCCACUCUACCUACCGAGCUAUGCAGCCCCAAGUAGUGAGUACAGUAGUUAAGGUUGUAUUUUUGACUCGUAUGUGUGAAUAAUGCACUACCGACAUCCAAUCCAUCUAUUUUGUACCGCUUGUCCCUGUUGGGGUUCAGCUUCAUUCUGGCGGAAGGCGGGGUACACCCCGGACAAGUCGCCACCUCAUCGCAGGGCCAACACAGACAGAAAACUUUCACACUCACACACUAGGGCCAAUUUAGUGUUGCCAAUCAACCUAUCCCCAAGCAUAAGUCCGAAAGAGAUGCGAUAUGGUGGUUUUUAGAGGGCACUGCAGCUAGUCCUAGAUAGUCCCACUCCUUAAUGCUUCAGUCACACGCAGGAUUCUCACAGGAAUGAGGUAAAAAUAUGACUUUAUCUACUGUACAUGUUCACAUUUAGACUUAGACUUCCUUUUUUUUGUCUUUCAAAUUUGAACUUAAAAGUACAGAUAAGAACGAAAUUUUGUUGAAUUAGCUCAUGGUAGUGUAGGAUAAAAAAGCAAUAAGGUGCAGAUAUAAAUAAAUAGAUUACUGUACAGAUAAAUAUAUUGCACUUUUGCAUAUGCAUCCACGUUUAUGUAUCUAUGAUAUAUUGUCUUUAUAUUCUAGCCAGUUAAUCCAUUUUUAGGGGGAAAUGGGAUUAUUUUAAUGCAAUCAAGAGUCUUACGGCCUGAGGGAAGAAGCUGUUACAGAACCUAGAGGUUCUGCUACGGAGGCUGCGGAACCUUUUUCUAGAGUCCAGCGGUGAAAACGGUCCUUGAUGGGGGUGGGAGGAGUUUCUGCAGACUUGACACCUGUGAAAAGUUGACCUAAUCGUUUGUGCCGUUACUGGUGUUAGGUUAUUCUAAAAUUCAUUUUCUGACUUGCAACAUCCAGUGAAAAUCACCCCAAAACUGUCAUUUGUUUGUGCUGCGAAAAUGUCGACUAUAUUUUUGUGUUACUUAUGUUUUAUUCAUAACCCGCCCUGCCACCUUGUCAACAUCUCCCAAAACUUGUCUUCAUCGUUUGUGCUGCAAUUUAUAUACCGUAUUUCCUUGAAUUGCCGCCGGGGCGCUAAUUAAUUUAAAACCUCUUCUCACUCCUGCGCUUACCAAAGGCAUGCGGUAAAAGUAAACAUGCGCUAAUUAUUUUAAAACCUCUUCUCACUCCGGCACUUACCAAAGGCAUGCAGUAAAAAUUUUAGUGUGAUGUAAGCUUGGACCUUAAAUCCUACUGAAUAGCUCUUAAUCUUCCCUUUAUGCGAUUUAAAAUUACCGGUAUUGAAAUCAGCCUCCUCCAUUUUGAAAAUGAUGACAGGGGAAGUGUCACUCGUGACGUGACGAGUUUGACCAGGCGGUAAUACUGAGCAUGCGCUAAUUAUUUUGCGAAUCGAGUUUGACCCGGCAGUAAUUCAAGGCAGUCGCAUACUAUAUGCCAUGCGGCAAUUCAAGGAAAUACGGUAUACAUUUUUUUGUAGUUUUUAACGUUUUAUUAUUUAGAAACUCACACGCAUCUUGUCCCUUUCGUUUGUGCUGCAAAUUAUUUGUCUAGCUACCAAGGUUUUCGUGUUAUCCAUAACCAGCCCCUAAACCUUUUCAAAAUCUCACCAACCUGGUCCCGUUUGUCUGUGCUGCCAAAUGUUGUCCAUUAGUUUUGUUAUCGUGUUAUUUAUAACCAGCCCCUGAACUAUGUGGAAAUCUCCCAAAAAGUGUCCUCUUCGUUUGUUCUCUAUUAUAGUUAUUUACAUUUAAAUGGGGUCGGUUAAGAAUCAUACAACGUUAAAACUUUCAAUAGACCCCAAAAAUUUGCUGCCCAAACAAAUGGGACACCUCGGUUGAUCUUGACAAGGUGUGUAAAUUAAUAGAUCUCGAUUGGUUCUAUUCGUUGUGUGAAUGCUCCAAAGCAUUUACACAUAUGCUUUUCUACAUCAAACUUAAUCUAUUUAUUCAACCAAUUACUUUUCUACUCCAGAUUUUGGCGCGUUCUCCCUUCCACAUUUUUCACCCGAUUCAAACCGUUCCAACUUCAAACUGUUGAGCCUAUUUUGGAAUCACGGACUUUACCUUGAUGAAUUCCAAAAACAAUGUUUUUUGAACAGAAAAAAAUCCUGGUUUUUCCAAAAUUCCGUAAUACCAUUUCUCAAUACAACAUUUCUCGACCGAUUUGAAAAAAUUCAACACCAACCAUUUCAACACAUUCAGACCAUUCAAGUUUU